UGUUUCUCUUUAUCCACGCCAACCACGAUUUAUAUGGAUAGAUAGUGUUCUCCUUCUUCCCUCUUAUAUAUUCACAACUUGUCUCUUGUCUCUGCCGCCAGACCCACAGGAACAGCAACAACAACUCCCCCAACCUCGUUCAUGUCAUCCGGAUCCUCCUGAUCCAACCCGCUUUCCCUGAUCCGAUCCAACUCCACCGCCACCAUGACGCGGCGGUGCUCGCAUUGCAGCCACAAUGGCCACAACUCCCGCACGUGCCCCAACCGCGGCGUCAAGCUCUUCGGCGUAAGACUCACCGACGGCGGCAUCAGGAAGAGUGCGAGUAUGGGCAACCUAACUCUCUAUUCCGGGUCGGGUUCGGGUCUGCUGCAUAACAACCCGGACUCUCCAGGUGACGCUGCUGAUCACUCUGGUGCUGCUGACGGCUAUGCUUCUGAGGACUUCGUGCCCGGAUCGUCUUCUAGCUGCCGGGAACGGAAAAAAGGCACCCCAUGGACGGAGGAGGAACAUAGGAUGUUUUUGCUUGGACUACAGAAACUUGGUAAAGGAGACUGGCGUGGAAUCGCUCGCAAUUAUGUUAUAUCAAGAACGCCUACUCAAGUCGCUAGCCAUGCUCAGAAAUAUUUCAUUAGGCAAUCUAAUGUAUCAAGGAGAAAACGACGUUCUAGCCUGUUUGAUAUUGUAGCAGAUGAUUCAGUUGAUACUCCAAUGGAACCACUGGACUUCUUACCUGAAAACCAUCUAGAAGAUGAAACUGAAAGAAAUCACCCACUGCCUGUUCCUCCAGCUUUGGAUGAAGAAUGUGAAUCAAUGGCAUCUACCAACUCAGACGGAGAACCUUCCCCUCCUAAGCCUGAUAACUCACAGUCAUGUUACCCAGUGAUGUAUCCCGCUUAUUUCUCACCCUUUCCAUUUCCUUUUCCAAUGUGGCCUGGAUACAGUACUGAGCCAACUAAGGUGGAUACACACGAGGUUCUUAAGCCGACAGCAGUACAUUCAAAGAGCCCAAUUAAUGUUGAUGAGCUAGUUGGCAUGUCAAAUCUGAGUUUAGGAGAGCCCAAAGGUCAAGCCGGUCCCUCCUCACUUUCACUAAAUCUUGUUGAAGGGUCCUCUAGGCAAUCGGCGUUCCAUGCAAAUCCAAGUUCUGGCAGUUCAAAUAUGAAAUCAGGUGGUAGUCCAAUCCAUGCGCUUUAGUGGUUUAGCCUUCUUGGCUUCGAAUUUCACAGGUUAUGGUUGUUAAUACAAGAUUAGUCAUGUGUAGUAUGCUUUGGGUGUGAGUUGUGGGAUCACUUAAAUAAGGGGCGUUUGAAACUUUAAUCUAUAUAGUAUUUAGACUGCACCAUCAUUUGUCAAAUUAAAUUAAAUCUUUGACAUUUUGUGUUGUCUCCAACUCUACUGUUUGUACUCCCCUCCUAGUAUUAGUUAUGUAGACAAUAUAAAGUUAAGGAACACCUCUUCACCUGUAGAAUUGUAAUUUACUUGUAAUAUGGAUACGUUAUUGUCUA